CAUCCGCCGUGACAGCAGGAGGGAGGCAGUAGGCGGCGCCCGGCGGCCGCUGGAGCCGGGAUAUGGGGCGGCCCAGGCCCCACUGAGAUUCAGCCCGGGGCACCGGGACCGGCAGGUAGUCGUGCCCGGCGGGCGUCGUGUGAUAGGCCCUGGGUGCUACUGGGACGACUCUGGGAGAUCCUGUGUCUCUUUUAAAAGAAAGAGAGAGCAAGAGAAUGUUACAAACAGGUACUUCUAGUCCCAGACGCAGUCUGCCAAGAGGUAGAGGCCUAUCAUGACUGUGAGAUUCAGUCUCUGAAGGAGUAGGUGCUCUUUGUUGCCAUGACGACAGGCGACUGCUGCCACCUACCUGGCUCAUUGUGUGACUGUCCAGGAAGUGCUGCUUUGUCUAAGUCAGUGGAGGACUCCGACAUCGGGCAACCACAGUAUGUCACCCAAGUGACUGCAAAAGAUGGCCGGCUGCUCUCAACAGUGAUCAAAGCACUGGGAGCACAAAGUGAUGGUCCCAUCUGUCGAAUCUGCCAUGAAGGUGGAAAUGGGGAGGGGCUGCUUUCUCCCUGCGACUGCACAGGAACACUGGGGACCGUGCACAAGAGCUGCCUGGAAAAAUGGCUCUCCUCCUCCAACACUAGUUACUGUGAGCUCUGCCACACUGAGUUUGUCGUAGAGAGAAGACCAAGGCCCCUCACAGAGUGGCUGAAGGAUCCUGGCCCUCGUAAUGAGAAGAGGACCCUCUUCUGUGACAUGGUGUGUUUUCUGUUCAUUACUCCCCUGGCGGCAAUCUCGGGCUGGCUGUGUCUUCGUGGUGCCCAGGAUCACUUGCAAUUCAACAGCCGGCUGGAAGCCAUCGGACUGAUAGCACUUACUAUUGCACUUUUUACUAUCUACGUCCUUUGGACACUGUCGAGUGUGGUGCAGGUACUGACAGACAACGCGGCCUCCAUGUUCUAUGUCAACAUACAAAGGGGGAGCAAGGAAGCCCUUCGCCUGUGGGACUUCUGCAUCCAGCACACUAUCCACCUGGAAGCCUCGAACCUCCCUGGUGUCCAGAACACGCUGGUGGAUCGCCUCAGCAGGUCCUUCUUCUCUCACUACGAGUGGUCCCUCCACUCAGAGGUUUCCCAGAUGCUCUUCCAGAGAUGGGGAGCUCCCCAAGUGGACCUGUUUGCCAGCAGACAGUACAGGAAAUGCCACCAAUUCUGUUCACUACAAGGCCUCAACAGCAGCUCGCUGUCGGGUGCCUUCCUUCUGUCAUGGUCAGAGGGUCUCAUGUAUGGCUUUCCACCAGACCUGCUAAUCAGCAGGGUCCUUUCCAAGAUCAAGAGGGAUCAGGCACAAGUCAUUAUGAUCGAACCGGCCUGGCCUUGCGAGCAUUGGUUUGGCACUGUCAUGGACUUGGCAGUGGCAGCCACAUGGACUCUUCCUGGCCAUCCGGACCUGCUCUCUCAGGAUCACAGUCGGUUGCUGCACCCGAACUUCACUUCUCUCCACCUCACAGCAUGAAUGCUGCGUGGCUGAGCCCCAAGGAGCAGGCCUGCUCCCAUCAGGUUCUUCUGGAAAGCAGAAAGUCCUCCACUAGAGCCACCUACCACAUGCAUCCGACGAAGUGGAUAUUCACCCACCACAGC